AUGUUCUAUGGGUAUCGUCAGAGGACCGGACCAUUCCGCAUAUCCUGGUGCCGAGAAUUGGUACAACAGAAGAUCUGUCGCGUGGACGAUCCGUCAAGACGAGCAUUCCUGCAGCAAGUUUAUGACCUAUUGAUCAUGAAGGGAGACAGCUGUUACUCGCGUUUCAAACUAAUGCAUUUCCGAGGCGAACGCCCACCAUUCUUAUACAAAAUCUUUUCUUCGCCACUUUACCGCGGUGUAGAGUGCGCUCUAUGGCCUGCCCUGUACCACAAGACUUCGCUAUGUGAGAGUCUACUAGAAGGACAGGACAAUCGCGCCAGUGGCAAGAUAGCGUUCAUGCACAAGCUGUUGUCACCAGUGCACGACUUCGCCCUAAAUUUUGAGAUUCUACAGUACCAGUACGAUCGG